AUGCGGGAGCGGGUCCCGGGUGUGGGGCCCUGCCGCCGGGGUGGGGACGGGGUCAGGAUGAGGGGUCACCACAUUCUAAUCAAAGGAGGAAAAAUUGUCAACGAUGAUCAGUCAUUUUACGCAGACGUUUAUGUGGAGGAUGGCCUAAUAAAACAGAUCGGAGAGCACCUGAUCGUGCCCGGCGGCACCAGGACCAUCGAUGCCCACGGGCAGCUGGUGAUUCCGGGCGGCAUCGACGUGCACACGCGGCUGCAGGCGCCCACCAUGGGCAUGAACUCGGCCGACGGCUUCUUCGAUCCUGUGGGAUCUGCUCCGUGGUGUUGGAUUACAUCCUUGCCUUGGUGCCAGCUGCCUGGGAGGCUGCAUGCCACAGAGCAGCAGAGGGACAGGCUGAGCUGUGUGCUGGACAUCUGCGUUCAGAUGCCACAGGAGGGACCUGGGACAGCCCAGAGCUCAUCUCAGCGUCUGUCACUGCGGGCUCCCUUUCCUCUGUGCCACUUGGUGAGGUGCAAAGGGACAGCAGCCUUCGGGAGAGGUGGCACUGGCUGCGCCCCAGUGACAGUCACAUCCCUGUGCCCAUCCCGGCCUCCUCAGGGGCUCCUGAGCAGCCGCAGCAGGCUCAGGGAUGCUGGGGUCCCUGUCCCUUUGCUGCAGCUGGGGCAGCCUGGCUGUCAGUCCCCUCCUCAGAGCCUUCUGAGGGGUGGGAGGGCCCCGAGGUGCUGCUGGGGCACUGCAGCUGCCAUGCAGGAGCAUUUCUGCAGCACAGGACGGGUCUCUGGGAGGUGGCCUGGGGAGUGGGCUGUCCCUGGGCAGUGUCCCGUGUCCCACCUGCCCUCGGGGGGCUCUGGCCAGGGUGUGCUGUGUCCCACAGUGCUCCAGCAGGCUGUGCCCAUCACUGACUGCUCUCUCCUUCCUCCUCACCCCCAGGAGCAGAAGAGGAUGCUGGAGCUGGGAAUUACAGGCCCAGAGGGGCACGUCCUCAGCCACCCCGAGGAGGGGGACCUGCAUGUCACGGGCAGUGCCCACUGCACCUUCACCACCGCGCAGAAGGCCGUGGGCAAGGACAACUUCACGCUGAUCCCCGAGGGCACCAACGGCGUGGAGGAGAGGAUGGCCAUCGUGUGGGAGAAGUGCGUGGUCCCCGGGAAGAUGGAUGAGAACGAUUUUGUGGCAGUGACCAGCACCAACGCUGCCAAGAUCUUCAACUGCUACCCCAGGAAGGGGCGCGUGGCUGUGGGCUCCGACGCUGACCUGGUGCUCUGGAACCCCAAGGCUACGAAAAUCAUCUCAGCAAAAACCCACCACUCGAACGUGGAGUACAACAUAUUUGAAGGCACUGAGUGCCACGGGGUCCCAACCUUGGUGAUAAGUCAGGGAAGAGUUGUGCUUGAAGAUGGAAACCUGUGUGUCACCCAGGGCUCAGGUCGCUUCAUCCCUAGGAAGACCUUCCCUGACUUCGUUUAUAAAAGGAUAAAGGCGAGAAACAGGGUAAGGAGAGUUUUAUUUGCCAUAAUCCCUUGUUUUGAUCACAAUCUCUCAGCUGUAGUGUAUUGGGGCCGCUGUGCUGGCAAACCUGCAACAGCAGCAGGAGUAUUAUCAAUGCUGUUUCUUUCUGUGUGUAACUGCCUGGAUGUCAGUCAAGAAUUCUUAGUAUUAGAGCUAAAAAUGACAGUUUUAUUAGCCUAUUACAAUGUUACAAAGCAAAAAUAUGACUCCUUUGUAUUGAUGUAGAGGGAGGAAUUCCUCUCUUACCUGUGCUAGAGAGGUUUCUGUUGCUGUAUUCUGCAGCCUUUGGAGGGUAAGGGAUGUACAUCCCAUAGGUGCUGGAAUACAGUAACAUAAAUGCUCCCAUGUGCUGGCACAGCUGUUUAAAGAGACACAAAGAGAUGCAAAUAUGUAAAGAGCUUCUUGACAGCUUUGUCCUCCUUCCCUUGUCCCUGUGCUAUUGCAGACACUGUAAUUCUGCAUCCUACAGAAAGGCAGAGCAGGAACCAGUAACCCAAAUUACCUGCAGAGGCAGGAGCCCCAACUCUGGUGUGCCUCAGGGUGUCUGGGGUGCCUGGAGGGCGGGAUGGGGAUGUGCCAGCUCCCUGCAGGGUGGGAAUGGGACCCAGAGAAGGUGCAGAUGCCCCAUCCCUGGAGGUGUCCAAGGCUGAAAGUUCUUUGAAGACCAUCAUUCUCCCU